UAUUCUAUAUUUAUUGUCUUAACAAUAUUGACUUUAUGUGAUUUUUAUGUACAUUUUACUGACAAAUUUAUCUCAUAAGACGACUAUUGGAAUAUCAAAUUACCCCAGUGUUUUUGUGGAAACGAUGUUUAGUUUACAGUGGGGUAAUUGUAACAGCAGAUAUGAAGGUCACCCGCUGCGGUUCUCAGGCGGUCCAGCCGGUGUCGCUGUUUCAGACGCAACAAAGUUUCAGGCCACUAUCAUGUAACGCCAUACCCAUGGUGGCGAAAUAAACAUACAGUUUGAAAGGGCGCAGCGUGAGUCAAUGUGAAUGCAAUGCUGCUGCUUCAUCUCGUCUCUGUACUUACGACGCUGCUGUGUGUCGGCGAGAGUUACACGAUCCGGAGCGCGGUGUCGUGGGCUGUCGCCGGUGAUGCGGCGGAGGAGGAAGAGCUGGACACGCACUCCGACGAGGCGCCCGCUGUGCUCGUCGAUAAUAUCGGGAUCUGGAAACCAGCCUAUCCGUCCUCUGUGUACCGGGACGCUUCAGAGAAGAAACCCGAGCAGAUAUCGAAAAGCGAGGACGUGUCCUCCGCGUCCCGUGUGUUUUCGUACCGGAUGGAGGAGGUGAAGGUGCCGUCUAGCGUCGCUGCGCCUCCGCCGCACGAGGAGACUGCGAAAGUAGCGCGAUACAUGGCGCACUACAGCGACUGGGGUCACCUGGCUACCAUCUCCACACAGGAGCAGAUUAAAGGACUUCCUUUUGGAAACGUUUUCUCUGUAAGCGACGGUCCAGCUGACAACAGCACUGGCGUUCCUUAUUUUUAUGUGACACCGAUGGACAACACUGUAAUGGAUCUUCGCAGCUUCCCUUUUGCCUCCUUAACGUUUUCUGAGGCAGAGGGAGAUUUCUGCAGGAAGCAGGUUUAUGACCCUGAGGACCCCAGGUGUGCUAGACUCACUUUGACUGGUAAAAUGGUGGAGGUGGGACCAGAAGAGCUUGACUUUGCCAAAGAAGCCAUGUUCUCCAGGCAUCCUGUCAUGAAGAAGUGGCCCCCUGGACAUAAUUGGUUUUUCAUGAAGCUGGUUUUGCAGCAGGUUUGGCUGCAGGACUGGGUUGGAGGAGUCUCUGUUAUACCACUUGAGGAGUAUUUCAAAGCGACGCCUUUCUGAGAAAAAAGAGCAACAUCCUAUAGUGAAAACGGUACAAGCAGAAUUGACCUGAUUGUGUACAGAAGGUGGUUAUGUUUUUGUUACAAACUACUUUCAACUAGUGUUUUUUUUUUUCUGGCCAUGAUGCCGGUUCAGUGCCUCUGAACAUAUUCCUAAGGAUUUAUUGAAUGUAGAAAUUAUGUUAAAGGAAGCAUAACAUUAUCUAUAAAACAAUUUCACAGUUACUUAAGGUUGGAGAUCUUUAUCACAUGUAGACACUGCAUUGAAAGGAAAGCUAUUCAUUCAUUAUAAAUAAACAAAUCACUCAUGCUAAAUAAAUCUACCACAGGCCUUCAUACUUUAGUACACAAAGAAAUGGUAUAUAUUAAAUAGUUGUAGACUUCUUGCCUGUUUUCUCUGAAACCCACUUUACUGUAUUGAAGGUCUGACAUUUCAUUAACAGCUGAAAUGUGUGUGCAAAAGAGAGUUUUUCAUUGGUAUUUAUGGCAUCUAAUGCUUUUCAAGUUCAGUUUCAGGUCUGCAUUUAUACUUCUCAAGGACAGCGACUUACGGUACAGUACAUGACAUCAUAUGUUACACUACCUUACGCAAUUACAAUGUAAUUGACACCUUAAUGAAAUAUCUCCAAUAUCUGUUUGUGCCUUGCAUUACCUCUUCACAAUGGUAUACAUGUGCUGCGCAAUUAAAAUAAAAAUAUAAAAAAUACAUAUUGUGUGGCA